AUGGAUGUUUUCCAGACCAAGCCAAUCUUUACAGCUGUCUCAGUCGUAGGAGUAACUUUGCUGGGCUAUUUCUUCACACGACUCUAUGCAGCGCGGAUGCUCAUGGUGAAGCUUCAGAAGCAAGGCUGCCCCGUAGCACCCGGACAUUCCUUCCUCUUUGGCCACCUUCUUCUACUUGGAAAGAUGUUCAGGCGCCUGCCAAAAGAUGCUCACUACCAAUAUAUGUUCGGCGAGAUCUACCGCGACCAUUUUGAGUCUACAGGCACAAAUACUCUAAUCGCUGCGCGCAAAGUUGACCUUUUGGCACGCUUUUUCAAGCCAAUUGCAGGAGGCCCCUGUCUUUUCGAUAUGCCCGAAGAAUCAUGGAGACCGUGGCGCGCUGUAUUUAAUAAGGCGUUUAAUAAUGAUUAUUUCCAGAAGCUGGUCCCGGGGAUGGUCAAGCAGAUUGAAGUUUAUAAGGAUAUUUUAAGAGAGCACGCCGAAAAGGGCGAUAUGUUCUAUCUGGAUACCACGACUCUGCGCUUCACUAUGGAUCUAAUUGGCAAGACAAUCAUGAACACCGAAUUUCAUGCUCAACGCGGGUACAAUGUUCUUGCAGACUCUAUGAUCAGCCAAAUUCGCUGGCAUGAGCCUGCUGCAGCUAUCGACCCCUUCAGCCGUAUAAAUAUGGAUGCAUAUAUCAUUGCAGAGCUAGAUAGAAGAUAUGCAGAAUACAAAGCCGACUCCAAGGAUUCGCGUAGCAAAGCUAUUAUCGAUCUCAUCUUACGAGCAGAAAUCGCCCCCGAAGCCGAUGUCAAGCCUGAAAAACUAGACCCUGACUUCAAGGCGUUCGCGAUUAGGCAAAUACGCUUAUUUGUUUUCUCGGGUCAUGACUCACUCAGUAGCACAAUCUGCUAUGUCUACCAUUUACUCUCGAAAAAUGUCGAGGCGAUGCAAAAAGUCAGAGAAGAACAUGAUCUUGUCUUUGGAAAACAGAUCGAUGGAGAAACGCUUCGGCUUUUUCCCGCCGCAUCAAGCUCCAGACAAGGAUAUCUAGGUGUUACUCUUUAUGAUGAGCAGGGCACUGCAUGUCCUACUAAACACGCAGUCUGCUUCAUUGAUCAUGUAGGCAUGCACCGCGCGCCGAGGUACUGGGUUAGACCUGAAGAAUUUCUUCCAGAACGAUGGCUGGUAGACCCAGGUCAUGAGCUAUACCCCGUGAAAGGUGCAUGGAGACCAUUUGAAUACGGCCCAAGAAAUUGCAUUGCCCAGGGACUAGUCAUGACGGAGUUGAGGGUUUUGUUGGCCUGUACUGUACGAGAAUUUGUGUUUGAGGACGCAUAUGAAGAAUGGGAUAGGUCUCAUAAGAAGAAAGGUCCACAAACUCAUAGAGGAGAGAGAGCAUAUCAGAUCGAAGAAGCUGCAGCACAUCCGAGUGUCCAUUAUCCUUGUCGAGUGAGGAUGAUGAAUGUUUGA